AUGUCUGGGUCUUCAAAUAUCGUGUCUGGAGCUACCUCUGGAGCAUCAAAUGCGCGUAGAAGAGGUGGACGUUUUGUAGGUGUCCCAAAGAAAUGUUGGUGUGGUGAAUCCAUCAUUCCCUUGAUGUCAAAUUCGACUCCUAAUCCUUACAGGAGAUACUUUCGAUGUGCAUAUGCAGCAAAGAAGAGGCUGGAGAAUGAUGAUCAUAGAUUCAAAUGGAUAGAUGAGGCAAUAUUGGAGGAGUUAGAAUCGCUUGAAUGCAAAAAUGCAAGUAUUGAGCAGUAUGUGAAAGAGAUUGCAAGAGAGAGAUUGGUCGUUGAGAAGGAAGUUCUUGAUCGAGUUGAGGCACAAGUUCUUGAUCGAGUUGAGGCAGUAUUGGCUGAAGAGAAAACAAAGAUGAAGAAAUUGAUGAUUGUCCUAGGCAUUGGAGGUGUGAUUUGUGUUGGGUCGAUGGUGCUUCUCUCGUUCAAGAAAUGGUGA